ACAGAUGCACACCAUGCCUACAGCCCUCUCUGUUGGUGCAGAGGCAUUGUAAACGGCAAAAGAAGAAGAGAGAGAGAGAGUGAGGGAAAGAAAAAAAAUGCAUCGGCGAUGAACGCUUUGGAGUUGUACACGGCGAAAUGCAUGCUCUCGGACAAGUGGGAAGAUGUAAUGUGUUCGUCUUAAAAGGGAAGCCGUGUGCGAUUAGGAGGCGAAAUAUCGCUCUGCUAGCUGUUGGUAGUUUUACGACGGGCAGCAGUCGGUUUGCGUCUUAUGUAACUAACGGCCUGAGCGGCGUCGGUAAGGAAAGAGGGAUCUGCUGAAUGAGAGAGAGGGAAAAGAGCAGCACCGCUUUGAAUUCACAUGGCAAUUUACAUUUAGGUUAGGACACCCAAACGCCACACAAAUACAAAUUGGGGGGCUACCGGGGGAACCGCUCUGAUUUAAGACUGAGUUUGAAGCCAGCAACAAGGGGACGUGGAGUGACUUAGUCGCCUCAAGUAGGUUGUUAAGAUGAUAGUGGACUCUGACAACCAUGACUGAGGACCUUAACCAGAAUUGAAUUACGAAAAAACAAAAAAAACUAAAAUAAAGGACCGGACAGCAAACCUGACAGCUUGCAUACGCAGAACACACACUUGAUCAAACUCAAAGCUGUAAUGGCCAGCUGUUAAGCGUACGAGGGGGGGCAACAGCCGUGGACUAAAAGUAGCUGAUGCGACUCACAGUUGAAGACCUUCACAAGCAAAAGUCAAAGAAGCCGAAGAAUUUCAGCGCGGAUGCUCAAGGACCUGUGAGGAGUUGUGUGGACCUGAUUAAGAAAUGGAAGGAUACUAGCGCUGGCCUGACACCUGGUUUCUGCUUUCCAUUACGCUGUGGAGUACAGAAGGCCAGUAGCCGAACUGCGCUGCUGGACGGACCGCUGCGGCGCAGGGUUAAACCGAGCCAUUUCAAAAGAACCGAUGCCAAAGCCAGGAGCCAGCCAUGAUGUUUAUAUAACCCGAUGAUCAGCAGAGAUUGCAACCUCCGCUACAGAACAGCACCCCUGGGACUGAAAUGGUGAGGAAGAAGAAUCCCCCUAUCCGGAGUGUGGGAGGCGAGGAGGAAGAGGAAGAAGAGGGAAAGAGGCCAGCGGGAGAAGAGGAAGAAGAAGGUGAGGAGGAAGGGAGAGUGGGAGCAGAGGCCGAACGAAUAAACCGACCCUCUGAGCCGGAAUCCUCCGAGCGGGUCAGAGGAGAUGAGGAGCAGCAGGAGGAGGAGGAAGGGGGAGAGAGCGAGUGCAUUUCCUCGUCUGUCUCUCCCUCGUCUGUCGGCGAUCGCUACGGUAAUGAGGAGCGAGGGGGGAGGAGAGGAGGAGGCAGGGGAAGGGCAAAGCAAGGAGGAGCGGCGCUGACGGACAGGCCGGAGAGCCAGUCGGAGCCUGAGGACGGGGACAGAGCGGUAGAAGAAGGGGAGAGAAGCGACAGAGAAAGGGGGGAGGCAGAUCAUCUCACCCCUCCUCUCCUCUCUGCCCCGCACCUCCUCCCAAGACAGGAAGGAGGGGAGGAGACCACGACCGAUACCCCUCCGCUUUCCUCCAGCCCCUCUCCUAAACUCCAGGACUUCAAGUGCAAUGUGUGUGGCUACGGUUACUAUGGCAAUGACCCGGCUGACCUGGUGAAGCACUUUCGGAAGUAUCACCUGGGCCUGCACAACCGCACACGGCAGGAUGCUGCUCUGGACACACACAUCCUGGCACUCCACAACAUGGCUCCCCAACACACACCUAUUGACAUACAGGCGGGACAAGGGCAGAGGAGCCAAGCCAAAGACUUGGGGAAGACAAGACCAGAGAUACAGAAUCAGCAGCAUAGGACAGUUAUGAUGAAUGGCACAUAUGACGUACAGGUGACGUUGGGUGGCACCCUCAUUGGAAUCGGUCGGAAGACCUCGGAUUGCCAGGGAAACACAAAGUACUUUCGCUGCAAAUUCUGCAACUUCACGUAUAUGGGCAGUAAUUCCUUGGAACUCGAGCAACAUUUCCUUUCCUCGCACCCAAACAAAGUCAAAACACCGCCAACCACACCCCUGCUGACCACAAAUAACCUGGCAACGCACGACAACCAGCUGAAGGGACGGAGUCAAGCCUUAGACGGGGCCGAGCGAGUUGCGGUGCGCGCAGAGGACGACUCUUUGGUCGGGUACUUCAUCCCAGUCAGGUCUUGUUCGGAUUCAUCGGGCUGGGUGGGGGAGGCUGGUCGAGGUGCCGUGCAGACGUAUUAUUGGUGUAAAUUCUGCAGCUGGAGUUGCGAGUGGUCGGGGGGUUCUGCAAAGCUUUUAGAGCACUAUGAGCAAAGACACAAAAUGAACGCCGGUGGUACUACGAGCCCCAACAACUCUAAUCCUGGUGGGAUGGACAGAGAGCGAGAAAGAGGAGGAAGGAGAGAUGGAGGAGAGAGAGACCAAAUGGUAUCAAAAGGCCGCAAAGAUCAGACAUCCAACCUCUCCACCACCAGCCAAGGAGACCCAAACAGCAGUGAUUCAGAAGCAGUUGUGACCAGUUAUAACUGUCAGUUGUGUGAUUUCCGGUACUCCAUGGCCCACAGUGCGGAUGUGAUCGUAGUAGCACCUUUACUACUGCACUACCAGCAUAACCACUCCAUCCACCGCUGCAGCAUUCAGCACUGCAUGUAUUGUCCACAGGGUCUCUGUCAGCCACAAAAACACCUAGGGGAGGUAUCCCACCCAUUUGCUUGUCGGAAGCCCACCUGCCCCAAAUGCUGUUCAAAGUUCCCUCAACCCGCCAAACAGCAGGACGCCAUUGGUUCAAAACCCGCUGUCACCACCUCACCCAGCGUGACUCCUAAUCCUAGAGGCGACCACAGUGGGAUUUCUGGUUCUACUUUUCACCCCUCUAACCCCGCCCAUCCUGUUGUCACACAAGGCGUCACCCACUUGUGUGACCAGUGUGCAUUUGCUACCACUGACAUUGACGUGUUGCUGCAACACUAUGAAAGCUGCCACAACCUGAUCAACCUAAAGGGGGCUCCCCCACAUGUCAAAGCUGAGGAAGAAGCUGCGGGAGACAAGGAAGGAGGGCGAGGAGGCGCAGGAGAGAGGGAGUACUCAUGUACAAAGUGUCACUUCAUUACAGAAGUGGAAGAAGAGAUUUUUAGACACUACAGGCGUGUCCACGCGUGUUGUCGCUGUCGACGCUGCGACUUCACGGCUCCAGAUUCAUCAGCCCUCCUCGACCAUUUCAACUCAGCUCACUGUCACGACUCCUCUCCCUCGUUAGGCUCAUUCACGACGACCUCCUUGCCCACCUCACUGACUCCUUCCCUAACACUCUCGGCCAAUGGCUGCUCAGCGCCUUCUACUUUAGCCAUUAAAGAAGAGAGCAAAGGGGAUAUCCGCCUCCUCUACUCCCUGGCGCCGCCUGAGGGACGGUUGGCCGAAGGUGGCAGAGAAGAGGCAGGUGGGCUGGUAAAAAGUGAGGGUGGCGAGGAGAAAGAAAGAGAACGGGAAAAGGGCUGGGUUCUUGGUGAGACAAGAGGACUGGGGGAAAGAGGGGGUGAGCAGGCCCACGGCUUACUUUGGGUGCCUAAGGAGCGAAUGGGACCUGAAAGAGGUGCAGGAAGUGGGAGCCCAUCUCUUUUCAACUCCCCACUGUCGCUGUCUUUUGCCAAUCACGAAACCUCACAGCAGAAAAGAGGCGUGGCCUCACCUAGCAUGGUUUACCUGGGAGACACCAAGUCAUUUUUGGGAGAUACAAAGUCCUUUUUGGCAGAUGCCAAGUAUGGAGGAGGGAGACCAGGAUCAACCGCUUCAGGUGGUGCAGGAGCUGGCGAGAAGCAGAGCCAAAUGACCCCCCAGCAGUACACAGGAGGAGGAGGAAGUGCUGGUGGUGGUGGAGGUGGUGGAGGACAGGAAGGGAAAGGAGGAGCCAAUAAAGAGGAAUCCCAGUCCUUGCUAAGGCGGCGCAGAGGUAGUGGAGUUUUCUGCGCUAACUGUCUGACCACCAAGACAUCCCUGUGGAGGAAAAACGCUAAUGGAGGCUACGUCUGCAACGCAUGUGGUUUAUACCAAAAACUCCAUUCGACACCCAGACCUCUAAACAUCAUCAAGCAGAACAACGGUGAGCAAAUCAUCCGCCGUCGAACCCGAAAACGCCUCAACCCCGAUUCGCUUUCAUCUGACAACCCCGCCCCCAAGCAACAACGCAUCACCAGCGAAGAGCGCAUGAACGGGGAGGAAACAGACAGGAGCUGUGCGUCAGUCAAAAACCAGCAGCCUUCCCCUCGCUCACGCUCACCGCGGUCCACGCAAGCCUUUUUGGCCAAUCAAACAUUGGAGAUCCACAGGCGUAUGCCUCCUCUUCUCCUCCCCUCACAUGCCCCCUCCUCAGUGGGAGCGGAGGGCAAUGGCGGUAUCACAGAGGGAGGAAUAACAUCGAAAGCGGAGGGGGGUAAAGGAGGAGGGGGAUCGGAAAGAGGCAGUCCGAUUGAAAAGUACAUGCGUCCGUCCAAACCGUCUAGUUAUUCACCUCCAGGUUCACCCAUUGAAAAAUAUCAGUACCCUCUUUUCUCCUUACCCCUUCCAUUAACCAUUUCACCUGAGUUGACCCCGGAGUCAGAUUGGCUCAGGUUCUGGACCAAGUAUAAGAUGGCAGCCGCCUCUGGGGUUCCUGGUAGCAUCAGUAAUCUAAGCAGCCCCGGGAGCCUUGGAAAUAACGCUCAUUAUCUUAGCGCGAUGGUGACUCCAGUACAGCAUCAUCAGCAAAGCUACACGGUGCCUUACUGUGCCUCUCCCUACUCUCCUCUUCCUCCACCUCCAGCUCCUACUCACUAUCCUCCUCCUCCUCUUCACGUCCAAACCCCUACUUCAUCAUCAUUAGAAAACGAAGCUCCUUUGGAUCUCGCAAUAAGACAAAGAGAUACAAGUGCUGUAAACGCGCACGUGUCCACAAAUGGUGCCGAAAGGCGAAGGCAGGAGUCGCCGCUAACUGACAGGUUAAGAGGGAACUGGAAAGGAGAGAAAGAGGAGGAGGAGAGGACAGACGAAGGAGGGAAUCCAGGUGAGGAGAUAGGGAAGGAAGAAAAAGAAUGUUUGUCAACAUGUCAGUCAAGUGUCCCGUCUAAUCGCAAAAUGGUGGAGGUGGCCACACAGGAUGACCUGACCAAUCGCUGCGUCCACUGUGGGAUCUACUUCAUAGAUGAGGUGAUGUAUGCCCUGCACAUGAGUUGCCACGGUGACAAAGGACCAUACCAGUGCAGUUUUUGCCUCCACGUGUGCGCGGAUCGAUACGAUUUCACCACGCACAUACAGAGAGGCUUACACAGGUACACAGACAAAACGACACAACAGAGAUGUCAAAUGCAAGACGGCAAAAUUCAGAACGCUGCGGGAAUGUCGGAGCACGAGUGUCAAAAUGCGACGGAGGAGGAACGAGAUGAAGACGGUCAUUAUGCGACCACAGGCGAAGGUGAUGUAGUAGAAUCGUGUCAUGACAACCAAGCGAAACAACACACAGGCAGCGAUGGCACUGACAAUGAAACAGAGGCUGAAAAAGAAGCAAAAGGAGAGGACAAUGCCACCACAAACCAGGACUCGGGAGGCAAAAAGGUGUCGCACAUCAGCGAUGACGUCACGAGAAGCUCAGAGGUCACAACUGUUGCUGGCUCUAAAAUAUUAGAUGAGAACACAGAUGGGAAUUAAUUGAUCUCUUUGACUCAUGCAAACCUUUAAGAGCGUUGUUGUUGGAUGAAUAAGCUGUAUGCCUUCAUGUUUCUGGAGGCUAGCUCAUGUCAAAAUGGGCCUAUCCUGGGCACUAAAUGGAACACAUCCUUAUGCUGGAAGCACCCGGCUGUCAAAUGGUCAGAAAUCAUUGUAGGAUCCAGCUGAACUAUAGCAGGGGCAGUUGAAGAAAUUGCCCGAAUCCUCUGCGGAGUGACGGCCACUUGACAGCUCUGUGGCAGGCAUUCAACAACAGGCAUGGAGUUGAAAUCACCUUUAAUAAGCAGGCACUUCAUGCGAUUUCCACAUAAGGGGAUUGGAAGCUGGGCUAAAAGUUGGACUGGUUAUAUUUUGGAUAACUUUUGGGAGCUCAGAACUUGCAUGGCCACCAUAAAGGAGAGCAAAAAAAAAGAAACUAGAAGCAAAAUAAUUAACCUGAACUGAACUGAGCUGGGCUGAUUACUUAUGCACCAUACUAAAAAAAAAGCUGGUCCAAACUAGUCUAAUGUAUCAUUGAGACAGUUUUAUUUUGGUACAGCCAGAUGUGAUCUGGUUAGGAUUGCUUUGUUCUUGUCCGGAGCAUGUUUUUAACUGUUUUUUUUUUCUCUGUGCAAAUGGAUCUAAAACCAAAAUUCUUUUCUUUUUUUUGACUAAUUAAAGCUGGUUAGUUUGAAACCAGUUGAUGCUGGGCUGCAGUUGAGUUGGUGUUACCUCGGUAAAAAGUGAUCAGUUGGUUUCUUUCACUUAGCCUGUUUUUUCUGAAACUGAUCAAGUUCUUUGUUCUCGGGUUUUGAGUCAGCUGGGACUUUUUCGAACUGCUGAGCCAGUUUGACGUGAUAAAACCGGUUAAACUCCGGACCGAAGUGUUUUCUCUAUCCGUUUGGAUUAAACCAAGUGACAUUAUUUUCUACCUUCCUCUGUGCCAUGAUACUAGCUAUGUGCCUGGCUGCCUGCCCAACAACCAUCUAGUACCCGCUUAACAUUUAUAUUAAUAAUAAUAAUAACGGUAAUAAUAAUGAUGAUGAUGAUGCUAUCGUACAAAAAAAAAAUGCAAUUUGCUACACUUUCAUAUAUAAUAUGGUAUUUUGUAAAGGAAAAUGCUUUUUGCAGGAAAUGGUACUAUAAAAAUUAGCCUAUGUGAGUUUUUUUUCUCUUGUUUUUGAGCUUCUUAAUGAGACUUGUUACAUUUAUAACAGCCGCCUAGUAGAAAUGGUACAACAAGGGAGGGAGGGGGAAGGGGGGGUGUGUGCAUGUGUGCAUUUGUGUAAUUGCAUUUCUACGCGUAAGGAUCAAAGGAUGUGUCCGUCCCCAAAUGAUGAUGUAAACAUAAUGAAGGCAUGCAGUUGGUUUUUCAGUCCUCAGGGGUCACACAUGUUGCACACCAACCCACCUGUUUCAUAGCAUGUGACACAUCAGUUUUACAGUACAUGGCCUAAUUGUGUUAGCAUGUCACAUAUUGUUCUCUUAUGUUCUCUUAUAUAUGUUCUUGUUGUGUUUUUAUGUGUUAAUAGGUCAACAUGGUCUCAGUAUGUAACUUUUUUUUUUCCUAUGUCUACGAAUUGUUAGGUCGCACAGUUUUACAGAAAGACUUAGGAACUUAGGGAGUAAAACCCCAAAUCUUAUCAAAAGGAACAACUGUUUUGAGUUAACUGUAUAAACCUUUGUUCUGUACUGAGUCUACAGACGUUUUUGCCUACAGUGUUUGAUGUCAUAUUACUGAGAGUUUGGUACAACUUAGGUUACCUCUAUGUAGCAUGUUAGCACCUGCGAAAUCUACGAGAUAAGUUGCUUUUUUUUCUAAAGGUGUGAGGUGUUACAUGAAAGACCUAAAUAAUACUGAAAGAACAUGAGAUGACAUUGCAAAGUUAUGUUUUAAUAAUUCAAUGAAGUAAAAGUUUCACGUGGCUUGUAACUCCAUUUGACCCAUCGCACAUUUCGCCAUCAUCAGUGAUUUCGUUGCUGGUUUUUUUGGAACAGUUUCCACAACUGAGUCUUAGUUUAAACCAAAUUUCAUCAGUGAGAAACUUCUAACAGUCAUGUCCUUGAAAGUCCCGCUGUUAUAUCAAAGUGGUGGCCAUCUUGUUUAUUUUUGAUAAAGAUGGGAUGACUUCUCUAGCCGUGUUGCCUUAGUUGCUAGAAAACAACAGCAACAAAAGAAGAAAACACCAACGGACUCUGUUGAAGGACAUAAUAUGUCAAUAUAAAAAUAAAAGACAGGAAGGAACGAGCUAAAGAAUGUGAGGGGGGAAAAAAGCUAUUUUUCUAUGCUUAUCCAAAAAGACAUGAAUGACGAAUAUUCCACCUAGUGCCUGGUAACUUGUACCACUUUUCAAAUCAAUAUGUUUUGUUGUCUGCAUUAAAAAUGUUAUGUAAGCAAUGAGUCGUGUAGAACAGAAGGUGGGAAAGCAAACUGCUAUAUUCCUUUCCAUGCACUCACACCACCAAGUCAUCUGAGUCAUUGAUUACGAUUUCUGCCUGACCCAUUGGUCGGGUGUUUGUUCAAACUUUUCAUGUUUGGUUGCUGUGCUAAACUUUUAUUUUUGUGCAUAUAUUUACACUACUUUGUAGAAUGUUGAGCCAUAUGCCUCAGUUACUUGUAUGAGAGACACAAUGCCAAGAAAAGGACCUAAUUUGGAGAUUGAAACAGAGACACGGCCAUGUCACCAGAGUGCCCAUAUCACGGUGGAUGCAAUGUUGAUUAUUCACACAUUAUCCUAAGACGGUUAGCAUUACAGCUAACUUUGCAUUUAUGCCAGAUAAACAGUUUAAAUUAGCUUCUUUUUUUUUUUUAUUGUCCUGCAUUGGUAACAGUCCAUUGCCAAGUAAAACUAGAUAAGAACCACGUGUAGUUCCCCCUGUAAAAUGACAUUGGAUUGCUAUUAAGAUUGGAUUUUAUUUUGAUGCGAAUGUUGGAGCAUUUGCAACCAUUGUCAGUAGCUUGUUGUAGCUCUUUUUACCAAGUGGAUUGCCUCAGAAAAUUCCCAUCACUGGUUUGGAAUUACAAGUCAGCGGCCAAUUGUUAGGUUAUAUUUAUUUUGAAGUUUUCAGAGAUAGUAUACUACUAAUAGGGUUCUAGGAUGCUAACUAGGAUACUAAGCAUUGCUCAUCCAAUUAAACCAAAAGUAAUGCUUAGAAUUAUUAAGUAAAAUCCAUUCUCUUCUCUGUUUAAAACUCAAAAAGAAAUAGCUGAACUUUUGGCUAAUUUUAAUACUUUUUAACAUGCAUGUACAUUUAAAAAAAUUGCGUACAGCACUUAACAAAUUUAACAGAAAUAUUUUGGAAAUCUUUCAAAAACUUGUUUAAAGUUAAGAAUUACAUACAUUUUCGGGUAAAUAAAACGAAUUCGUGUUUUUAUUAAGCAGGCAUACUUGACUUCGUCUUAGAGGUCAGAAAUUAAUUAAGCAAAUCAUUCAACCACAAAACCUUUUUUCUUUUUAAGAAAGCAGGUAAAUAAUUGUAAUUUUGCAUUGCAAGAAUAAUGUGUUUUACUAUUUUUUCUGCUUUUUAUAAAGCAGUACAUUUGAAAAUUAGAGAUUAAAAACAAUAAUUAUAUUUUAGCACUAAAAUAUUUCAAUUAAAGAGCUUUCACGUACCCGUGGUUAACCACUGGUAAUUAUCAGCACUGUUAAUAUAGGACAGCUGCGGCAUUAACUUUACAUUAGGUAGUGUAAGGUCUUUUUUUUUUUUUUUCUAAAAUUGUUAAGCACUGUAUGCUGCAUUUUACACAAUGCCGUCAAACUGCCAGUGGAUCAUCUGUACGAUAAUGCAUAAGAAGGGUUUGCUUAACUUCUCCAAUCACACGUGUCAAGUGAAAACAUCUUAACUCCUUAAGUUACAAAGUCUAAUGGCUCCCUCGUUCUGAUGUUUGCCUUUCAUUCGGUGACCAGGUCUUAUCAUAUUACUGUACGUGCCAGUUGGAUCAGUUCAAAAAGGUAGUGGUUGAAAAAUCUGGGGAUUUAUUGUUUUUGUUUUUCUCAGAAAGAUUGUUCUAAUUGUUUUUAUUUUCAGAACUAUUUUUGUGCUUUUUAAAAACUUUUUAGAAUGAAUUCUUUUGGUUACUUUUUUUAUCGGCUGCUGAUAAAAAAAAAAUUAUGAAAAAAAUGUUUACAUUAAUAAAUGUAGCAAAAAAAAAAGAAAGAAAAAAAUAGAAAAGACGCUUCACCAUUCUUAAAAGACACAAGAAAAGGAGGGAUGGAUGCCUGCUGGGAGGGAUGGAUGGGUGCCUUUGAAGAAUAUGUGGAGAGAAGUGGAUGAAUAAAGGGAGGAUGAGUUCAAAUGAGGCUAAAGUGGAUGAUUCAUCCCCUCUGUAUUGUCUCUUUACCUCCCUUCAACUUUAUUUCUUUCCUUCUCAUCUAUUAUUUUUUAAUGUAUUAUUCACUGUACCUCUCCAUCCCACCUUUGUUUUUCUUUGUUCACCCGCUACAACUCUUGCAUCUCCUCCAUUUUUCCUGCAUCCCAUCAUUUGAUGAAUGUACGAAGAUGUUCUCAGUAGAUACACAGAUUACGGAGGUUUUAAACGAGAGUUAAGCGUUUGUAUUACGUAAUGUUGCACCCAAAAAGCUGAGCUAGACUCAGUUACCCCACACAUUAAAAGCCUGACCUACAUGUUUUAUUUAGGUUAAGCUUCUUUAAAUUAAAUCGGCCUCGGUUGGUUAAAAGAAAAUGUUUAAAUACUUUUUGAGAAAAUCAGAAAAUCUUUGGUAAAGGUUCUCAACAUUGUCAUGGGAUUCCUCACUUUACCUCUCUUUACAUGUCAUCUGACUCAAAAGGAUUUCUCAGUAGACUGGAGACAAAUAUAUUUUCAGAUGCCAUAAUGUUUCACUAAUUCCUUUGAAGUGAAAUCCUUGUUUCUUAAAGUUGAAGUUGUUCUGUUGUUCAUUUGAGAGUUUAACAUUUAUAACUAAAUUAUAAAUAGAUGUUCACGUUGGGAUGAGAGGAAUCUCGGGGGAACUUUUGACCCGAUCAAUCAAAGCGGGACACACAUGACAUGGCCUUGGAUUACUUCAGCAAUGACUUUAUGUUUUAGGUUUGAUGGCAUUUCAAAUCAGCGUUUACAAUGGGAGGCCUUAACAAGUGCUUUCAUGUUUUUGCCUUUGUCAGAAUGUGUUAUAGAAACAAAUGACGCUGUUGCUUGCACUCCAUUUAUUAUGUUCUUAUUGCCAAGGAAGGGACAACACACACACACACACAUAAGAAACACACAAACAACGGUACGGAUCGAGUGUACAUUUUGGGGUGUACAGUGUUAACAUAGGCCAGUUUAUUUUUGGCCACACACACACAAACACACACACAUGCAUGCAUACACACAGCAAGUAUGUACAUUUAAUCAGUAUAUUUUAGUAGAUUUUUGUCUCUGUUCAGUUGAAUGGCUUUUUAUAGAAAAGAAAUGGGAUUUUUUUUUUUUUUUUUUUUUUUUUAGGUUAUGUUCUCUCUCAUGUUGUAUUUUAUUCUGCUACCUUUCUGUACGUUAUUGUUUUUAGGUUUUAUUUCAUGCAAAAUUAUAUUUCAACAACAUAUUUUGACAGCCAAGAAAAGUUUGUUACACAGCUAAACUUGAAGAAUAAUGUUGAUAAUGAUGAUAAUAAUUAAUAAAAGUAAUAACAAACAA